CGAAGUAUCGUAUAUACCGUUCCUCCUCGUAGGCAUUCCAAGCGGGAAUUCUCGAAAGCCAGUUGUGUUGUAGAAACCGCGGCGCGGCUCGCCGCUCGCCGGUACUUUCGACCGGUCGUAAAGUCGACGUUUCGCAGCUCCGCGCUGCUUUCAGUAAUACGGAAUUUCGCCCGGAAAGCGGACGCAAAACGUGUCGCAAACUAUAAUAUUGACCAGCCAAACCCGGAAGAAGAUCGACGGCUCCAUCCGUAAAAUUCUGAUUUGCCAGCCAGCCGGUGACAAUGGAUGUGGAAACCGGGGCCAUUUUGGCCCUGCAGAUAUUGGCUCUGUGCUCGAUAGUUGCGGCCCUUUUGGCCUACCUGAUGCGACAAUCCAGAAAUGCCGCAGACGAGUACGAGUCGCGUUACAAACGUCACGUACUCGUUACCAGCUGUGAUACAUGCGUAGGCCUGCAGAUCGCCCUUGCACUCUACGAGGCCGGUUACAAGGUGUUCGCAGGUUUGCUGGACCCGGCAGGCGGUUCGCCGUCGGUGAAAAUCCUCAAGGCGGUCGAGCUGGAGCGGCUGAAGGAGGUCGAGGCCGGAGGUGCGAACGACGAGGAUCCUCAACAGACGGAAGGUGGACGUGCUCGCGGCCAAAUCGUGCCAUUGGAGCUGGACCCGACAAGAGAGGACAGUUUGCACGCUUGUUUGGACGCCGUCAGGGCGAAACUUCCGGCCGGCGAAGACGGUCUUUGGGCAGUCGUGCACACCGGCGGCUUGGUCUUGCCGGGCGUUAUAGAGAAACAAUCCAGCUCAAUGUGGGAAUCCAUGUUACGUCAUAAUCUGGUAGCUCCUCUGAGAACAGCCAGAGUGUUCAUCCCUCUUUUGCGCAUCAAGAGAGGCCGCAUCAUACUUUUGGGUGACUCGGAGACGAACAGCAAAACGGGCUCCGGACUGGUGGCGUUCAGCGCGUCCCGCAGAGCUGUGGAAGGUGCCGCCGAGGCGUUAAAAAGCGAAUUACAUUCCUCAGGCGUCGACGUCGUACUUCUCAAACCACCACCCGUGAAUCCCCUCGUUCUUUAUGCAUCGCCCGUUUUGAAGACAGCCGACGUUGAGUCGGGCGUAACAGCCACGGAAGCGACGUGGACCGCUCCGCUAUCGAUUCACUCUAUACAGAACGCUCUGAUUCCUGCGAUUACGACGUCGUGUCCUCCGAGCGUCUACGAUAUGUCCGUCAAGCCGAGGAUCUUCUGUCGAUAAGCUCGUUGCCGGUAGAGAUUACAAGAUGCAAUAACACAUCGCGAACUCCUCAAGUCGAUACGAUACGGUGUGGCGCGGCACUACUACACGUUUUGAAACAAUGGCGCGUGGAGAAUGUAUUACACGCGCAUGUCCUUUCGCGGUAUCAUUUGCGCUGACACGUCAUUUUACGUGCCCUAAGGCGCCACACACAAACGGGAUUCUUCUUUUCUCAUUUCACGGUGGGCAAUAUGCAUUCUGCGUAUACGAAUGUUGUCAUUCUCACACGUGCUGCUUGUGUUCCAAGCAGUAUCAAUUUUGAAUUCUCGUUUUUUAUUUUUUCAUGUUAUGCAUCGCGUCUGCCGCGCCACGUAGCGCAUCAAUUCGAGGAAAUAUAUUAACAAAACAGCCAGUAAUCAUUUAUCGCAAGUAAAAUUGUGUUUGCACAACGACAUUUCAUUUGCGAAAAAUUAUGUUUAUAUAAUAAAUCUGUAAAACUUGUGCAAAUACAUACGCAUUUAUUUUGUUUACGCGUGAAUAAUUAAAAAACUAUAUAUAUAUAAUACUAAGAGAAAUAUAAUUUAUGGUAUAUAAAACUAAAAGAGAGUAACACGUGUAUAAUAUAUCUUCCCUCGGCGAUUGCAUAUAUAAU